AUGAGCGACCUUGACCGGGCCAUCGCGCAACUGCGCGCGUGUCGGCCGAUCCCCGAGGCCGAGGUCCGCCAGCUCUGCCACAAGGCGCGCGAGCUCCUGAUCGAAGAGGGCAACGUCGUCACCGUCACGGCGCCUGUUACGUUCCACGACCUGAUGGAGCUCUUCCACGGCGGCGGCGACGUGCCCGACACGAAUUAUCUCUUCAUGGGCGACUUUGUCGACCGCGGCUUCUACUCUCUCGAAUCCUUCCUCCUCCUCCUCUGCCUCAAGGUCCGCUACCCCGACCGAAUGACGCUGAUCCGGGGCAACCACGAGUCCCGACAAAUAACAACAGUCUACGGCUUUUACGACGAGUGCAUGCGAAAAUACGGCUCCGCCAACGUCUGGCGCUACUGCUGUGACGUCUUUGACUACCUCGCUCUCGGCGCCAUCGUCCUCGGCACCUCCCAGCAGCUCUCGCCGAGCCCUGGACAGAAGCCCAUCGACGAACAGAUCGAGAUCGAGGUGUGCGACCAGACGGGCAACCUCAUCAGCAGGUUCCACAGGGUCACAGGCCGCCUGCCGACGCCCGAGCGAGAGCCCGACCCCAACGCCCCCCAGGCCGGCGACAAGACGGGGCCCCCCGGCAGCGGCGCCUCGGGGAGCAGCGGCGGCAGCGUCGGCAACCCCAGCGGCGCCGUCCUCUGCGUCCACGGCGGUCUCAGCCCCCUCGUCGACAGCGUCGAUAAGAUCCGCCUGCUCGACAGGAAACAGGAGGUGCCCCACGAGGGCGCCAUGUGCGACCUGCUGUGGUCCGACCCCGACGACAUUGACGGCUGGGGUCUCUCGCCCCGCGGUGCCGGUUUCCUGUUUGGCGCUGAUAUUGUCAAAGUCUUCAACCACCGCAACGACAUUUCCCUCAUUGCCCGCGCCCACCAGCUCGUCAUGGAAGGCUUCAAGGAGAUGUUCGACUCGAGCAUCGUCACCGUCUGGUCCGCCCCCAACUACUGCUACCGCUGCGGCAACGUCGCCGCCCUCCUCGAGCUGUGCGAGGACCAGUCCGGCGCCGGCUUCUUCGCCCGCAGCAACGGCGACGUCAACCGCAGCACCGGCGGUGCCGCCGCGCUAGGCGCCAAGAGCGCCAUGCAGGAUCUCGAGGCCAUGCCGAGGAACGGCCCGGCGCGGCGGUAUCGCGUCUUUCAGGCCGCACCCCAGGAUUCGCGCGGUAUGCCCGCGAAGAAGCCGGUCGCGGACUACUUUUUGUAA